AUGAAUCUUCAAAAUAAAAGCGAUACUGACUCUCCCCAGAUAAUUAAUGAUGAUCUGAAAAUACAUCCUCUAGAUAAAGCUGAGUCUUUCAAUGAUUACUUCACAUCUAUUUCAACGACAGACAAGAAUGCUGAUGAUUUACCACCUGACUAUCCCCCACCAAUUAUUAACUUCUCUUCUAUCGACAUAACUGAACAGGACAUUAUUGACCAACUUCAGCUUCGAAAUUCUAACAAACCUGCUGGCCCUGAUGCCAUCCCUCCCAAAUUCAUAAAAGGAGUUUCUCAAUCCCUUGUUAAACCUCUCUCUAUAAUAUUUGAUAAAUCUAUCUCUGCAGGUGUACUUUCUACCUCCUGGAAAAAUGCCCAUGUAACACCUGUAUAUAAAGGGAAAGGAGGAAAAAGUGACCCUUCCAACUAUAGGCCAAUCUCUGUUACUCCAAUCUCCAAAAGCUCAACAGCGGAGGACCCUGGCAAGUCCAGCCUGCCGAGAAAGACAGGGGACCGAGAGUAUGUCAACCAUGGUAUGGAAGACGAAAUGCUUCAAUUUGAUGUUAUACGUUAUUUCAUCUCGAAAAAAGUCAAGUAUGUCUGGAACCCAGCAACAGAAACUUAUGAAAAAUUAAGGGGUCUUGAAGAGUCGACACCAUGUUCCUUUUUCCACAAUACCCUAGGACAAAGCAGGGCGGAGCAAAUAAAAGGACGAGCAACAUAUGGAAUUAAUCGUAUUGAAGUGACUAUCACACCUUUAUUUCAGCUGUUUUUCCAACAGGUCCUGUCUCCUUUCUACGUGUUCCAAAUGUUUAGUUCUAUCUUGUGGUUUGUGGAGUGGUAUUACUACUACGCUGGGUUCAUUGUCUUCAUAUCUGUUCUAUCUAUGACGGUCGCGAUCUACCAGACAAGAACGGUCAAAUUAGCUCUACGCAGUACAAUAGAGUCCUCUUCAAACGUCCUUGUAUAUCGAGGAAAGAAUGUGUAUGAGGAAAUAUCUUCAGAAGAUCUGGUUCCCGGUGACGUCAUAGAGAUCCCCAGGCGAGGCUGUAUGAUGCAGUGUGACGCCGUUCUUGUGUCAGGAAAUUGUAUAGUAAACGAAGGGAUGCUUACAGGAGAAAGUGUACCAAUUACAAAGACACCUCUCCCGAACCCCGCAUUGUCUAGAUCACAGGAAGACGUCUUGUUUAGUAUGCGUGAGCAUGCGCGUCACGUUUUGUUUUGUGGUACAAAGAUUAUCCAGACUCGAUACUAUGACAACCAUAAAGUUCGAGCUGUUGUGAUUAGAACAGGCUAUAAUACAGCUAAAGGAGAACUUGUGCGGUCAAUCAUGUUUCCUAAGCCGGUGGACUUCAAAUUUGAGGUGGACUCCUAUAAAUUCCUGGCUUUCCUCUCGUGUAUAGCUACAUUUGGUGUCAUCUACACAUUUCUGGUCAUGUCCAACAAAAGUGCACCGAUCGACGAGGUCAUCAUGCUAGCACUUGAUCUUGUUACCGUGGCCGUCCCUGCUGCACUGCCGGCUGCGCUAACAAUUGGAAUCGUGUUCGCGCAAUGGCGACUGAAAAAGAAUGGGAUAUUUUGUAUAAGUCCUAAACGGAUAACCGUCAGUGGCACUCUAAAUGUCGUUUGUUUCGAUAAGACUGGUACAAUAACAGAGGAUGGACUUGAUAUGAAAAGUGUGGUACCAGCCACAGAUGGCAAAUUUUCAGGAGAAAUAACCGCGAUAUCUACACUGACAAGGAGUCCCAUCAUGGCUGCUAUGACUACCUGUCAUUCCUUGACAAUAAUUGAUAACCAGUUGUGUGGUGAUCCUAUGGACCUGAUAAUGUUCGGCGCAACUAAAUGGGAACUUGUGGAACCGGGACAAGAGGAGACAAGGUUCGAUCAGAUGGCUCCAACCAUUGUCAAACCUGUUGCUGCCAUCAAUAAUAUCUACAACGAUUCUUUCGACUCAAACUUUCAGUUGCCCGUUGAAGAGAUUGGCGUGAUCAGACAGUUUACAUUUUCAUCGACACUACAACGAAUGUCUGUCAUUACUCGCAAGUUGGGGGACAGUCACUUUGAACUCUACAUGAAAGGAGCUCCAGAAAAAGUCAUUACUCUUUGCAAAUCAGACACCGUGCCAAUUGACUUCCACGAAGUGUUAACACAGUAUACACGACGUGGACUACGAGUGCUGGCCCUGGCAUGGCGACCGCUUCCCGGGAAACUUAAAUACACAAAAAUUCAGCGGAUACAAAGAGAACAAGUGGAGAAAGAUUUACGAUUUAUCGGUCUAAUGGUGAUGGAAAACAGACUGAAGCCUUCCUCCAGCCCGGUCAUUCACCAGCUAAAAGAGGCACACGUUCGUCCCGUGAUGGUAACGGGAGACAACAUGCUGACCGCUCUGAGUGUGGCAAGAGAGUGUGGAAUGAUUGACCACAAAGACAAUGUGAUUCUUGUUCAGGCUUACCCAGCACAGGAAUGGUCUAACGCAUCAUUGGAGUACAUCUACACAGACAUAAAGGACCCUGAGGACUUGGAUCUCAUAACAUUAUCGGGAGGGAGAAUAGGGAACAUAGAUAUUUCAGAAAAGUUUAAUGAAGUGAAUGCCAGAUAUCACUUAGCGACUGACGGGCGGUCAUGGGCUGUAAUACGAAAAUUCUUUCCGGAUAUAAUCCCAAAAUUGGCAGUAAAAGGGACAGUGUUUGCGAGGAUGUCACCAGACCAGAAAGCACAGCUGGUAGAAGAGCUUCAGGAAUUAGAGUAUUAUGUCGGGAUGUGUGGAGAUGGAGCUAAUGACUGUGGGGCCCUGAAGACAGCACAUGCCGGCAUAUCUCUGUCAGAGGCGGAGGCAUCUGUCGCGUCACCCUUCACGUCCAAGAACGCCAAUAUUGAGUGCGUUCCUACCCUUAUAAGGGAAGGACGAGCCGCUUUGACGACAUCAUUUGGGAUAUUCAAAUACAUGUGUAUGUACAGCUUGGUGAUGUUUACUACCAUCACUAUGUUAUACUGGAAAAAUGCAAACCUAUCAGACUUCCAGUUUCUCUUCAUUGACCUGGUUCUCUUAACAACCCUUAGUGUGACCUUCAGCUGGACAGGGGCGUAUUCUGAACUGGUACGGGAACCACCUCUUCUCAAGCUCGUUAGCAUAUCGCCUAUAUUAUCAGUGUUUGGACAAACCGUGAUUUCUAUGAGUUUCCAAGUAUUUGUGUACUUAAACAUUAAGGAGCAGACCUGGUUCGUACCUUUCGUAGAAAAUGAGGUGUGGGACUAUAGAUGUGAAGAAGUUACUGCCUUGUUUCUCGUGUCCACUUUUCAAUACUUCUAUCUCAGUAUUGCGUUUUCCAAGGGACCCCCAUACAGAAAAUCAAUAUUUUCCAACUAUCCUUUUAUGGUGAAUUUAGUAGUGUGUUUCGCAAUGAAUAUCUGGUUUACGUUGUAUCCAGGAGAUGGUGCUGAGGAUUUCAUGGAGCUCAAACCUCCCCCAUUCCUCUAUCGCCUUAUUCUGCUGGGAAUAACCAUCGCCUAUGGAUUCGUAUCUAUAUUGUUUGAGAUGUAUGUGAUUGAGAGUCCCUAUAUCAACAAUACACUACAAACCAAACUGGAGGAAUUGUCCAGAGGCGCAUCGUAUAGAUAUCAAGAAGUUGAAAAAGACAUUGAAGGGGAUAGUUCAUGGCCCCCAAAACAAACAAAUCCUUCCAACCUUGUCGAAGCAUUUGCUAGAUUGGAUGGUGCACACAAUACACCUGAUUUCGACCAAAACAGCCUUCUCAGUAGCCUUCUGUACUCGAGCAGUGGUUCAUACAGGUCACAUAGUCUUCAUUCAACAGGUUCUCUACGAUUCUCAUCCGGUUCCUACACAGUUGGGAGAGAUGAAGAGCACCUAAUUGGUUCUAUUGGUAAAGAGCAGGAUGCAACGUCGAUGGGCGCAAUAUUUCCAUAUCUGACUAAAAUGGAGGACAUUACCGUAAAACAGUUCGGAAACGUCGAAGGAUUUAUUAAUGCUCUUCCGACAGAUCCUACAAUCUCACAAAACGAGCCGCCAUAUGAUCAAGAAUUUGUAAAUGUUGACAAUCGAACUAAAAACACGCAGUCAUAUGAAAGACAUUUAAAAAAUUCUGACAUGGAAAUUGACCCGCAAGAAAGAACAGCUUUUUUCAUCGCAGAUCAACAUGUUAUACCUCAGAUAGAAAUUGUCAAAUCAGAUUCUAAACCUGAUAUUGUAAUGGGCAAUGUUGACGACACUGUGCGAAAUGAAGAUAGUAAUCACUUAAAUGUUGUUACUAAUGCUGACUGUGAUUUACUGACAAGAAGACCAGUGGGUGAUCUGAAGGAGUCUUCUUUACCUGCCGACAACAACAUGUCUUCAGUGAAGAUAGCUUUUGACAAGGACAUUACGGAACAGCACAUUCGAACAGAUGAUAAUAACAUACCACAGCCCUCCGAUUACCUUUCAUCAGGAACUACUGUAGAUGUGAAAACUGACGUACUCCAAAGGCAAGAGUUUACCCAAAGUGAGCUUAGUAUAGAGCAAACGAACCAACACAUAGACAGACAAAGGGAAACUGACACAUUAUCUAAGUCUCAUACGAAAGAAACAACUGAACUUCCUGUAGAACAAGUAUCUAUGCCGAGAGAAGAAUCCACAAUGAAAAUGGAAAAUACAACGCCCAACAAUUCAGCACAAGAAACAAACGUUGAUUAUAACGACUGUAAAGAAGAGAGUGUUGCUAGCUCGCGACAGGAGUCAAUUGACAACGAAAAUCAGAACACUGCGAUUAAAGAAGUACCUCAUACUGAGGUUCCUUCAUCAGAAACUUGCAGGACGAUAGACAAACAAAACGACCCGGCCUGUGUUCUGUUAGCAACAGAACAUAACUCAAAUAAAGAGCUGGACAAUUCUCGCCACACAGGUGACGAUCUAACGAAACCUAGCAAAGGUUCAGAUGAAGAUCUCAAUGGAGAGGACAUCAAAACAGGUAGUCUCGAGAAUAACGUCAAAGAUAUAGAUACUACUCAUUUAUAG